AAGGUGGGCAUCAACUACCAGCCGCCCACGGUGGUGCCCGGGGGGGACCUGGCCAAGGUGCAGCGCGCCGUCUGCAUGCUGAGCAACACCACGGCCAUCGCCGAGGCCUGGGCCCGCCUGGACCACAAGUUUGACCUGAUGUACGCCAAGCGGGCGUUCGUGCACUGGUACGUGGGGGAGGGCAUGGAGGAGGGGGAGUUCUCAGAGGCACGGGAGGACAUGGCCGCCCUGGAGAAGGAUUACGAGGAGGUGGGGGUGGAUUCGGUGGAAGGGGAGGGCGAGGAGGAAGGGGAG